UAAAAUAUCUUAAAUUGAAAAAAAAAUAUCAAACCCUCUCUCGAAGUUUCCUUCCAUCUCUCUCCUACAAAGAUAUUUUUGUUUCAUUCUCUUCUCCAUCCACAAAAACCAUUCCCUCUCUCAACUCUCUGAAUAUUUUUCUUCUUACGAUUUACAAAUUUCCGAUGCUGUGACAUUAACGUCUGAGAACAGAGAAACACUUCAAAUCUUUGAAUUCGUAGUGCGACGGAGACGGAGGAGCCAUCAGUUUCGAAAAUGGCGUGCGAAGGUGGAGGAUCUAACGUCAGAUCUAGCUACUACACCAUUCUCGGGAUUCGUAAAGAUGCCUCUGUUUCCGAUAUCCGCACUGCUUAUCGUAAGCUAGCUAUGAAAUGGCAUCCGGAUAGAUAUGCUCGAAAUCCUGGAGUCGCCGGAGAAGCUAAACGUCGGUUUCAACAAAUCCAGGAAGCCUAUUCUGUUUUGAAUGAUGAGAAUAAGAGGUCAAUGUACGAUGUUGGACUAUAUGAUCCUCAUGAAGAUGAUGACGAUGACUUCUGUGAUUUCAUGCAAGAGAUGAUCUCAAUGAUGAACAAUGUCAAAGACGCGGGAGAGAGCUUGGAAGACUUGCAACGAAUGUUCACGGAUAUGGUUGGUGGAGAUGGCGUGAGCUAUGACUGUAACAAUAAUCCAAAGGGCAACAAAAGACCACGUGUCAAUAUCUCGAGGAGUAGUGCUGCGAUGCGUUAAGGCUUACUUCUUUUGUGUAUGAGUGUCGUGUUGUAUCAAAAUUUCAAUUCCAUGUUCAAUUGUCUAGACCAUAAAAUAAAUUAUCUGUGAAAACCAACUAGAACUAGGUAGAAUCUUUGGAAUCCCACAUGCCCCAAUCACUAAUGUAUCUCUCAUGAUUUGGUUGAUUUUAAAGAUUCGAAAAUUAUUCAUGUAUUGUUGCAAAUCAAGUUUACUUUCAUGUGGUAACUUUAUAAUCAACUCUUAAAGCUUUUGAUUGGACCAUUAUCGAUAUCAUCCUGAUCUCAACAUAUAUAGCUACACAUUUAAAGACAAACAAUGGUCAAACAAACAUUCUUUACUAGAGCAAUGUCAUCCGAAAAAUGCUUGUGUUGAAAAAAAACAUGACAUUACCGAGCAAGCCAUAGAUGUUAUUAAUCAAGCUGUUUCGUCCAAUCAAAGUGUUCCCAUUCGCGGGCAAAGGUCGCAACCGCCUUCUUCUGGCUCUCCACCGACUCCUGCCUUCUACGUCUAUACAUAUCUUCUUCUGGUAACUCGAGCAUUCCUCUGAUUACAUUUAGUCCAAGAUUGCUAUUGAACUGUUGUUCAUCAUCAAUCACGUGAACAAACCCUUUGUCUAAACCAAACUCAACGUGGAAGUAAGGGAAAUUCUUCGGUAUAGAGUUCCUCAGACCUUUCACGCUAGUGUCUAUGAGCUUCUUCGCAUUGUGCUGACUCCAUUCACUUUCCGCUUCAUCGAUCGCCUUCUUGAAGUAUAAAGGACCUUCUUUUGCUAUCUCUUGGGGGAUUGGGAUACACUCGAUCAAACAGUGGCGACGUUGCUGAGACAAACCAAUCACUGUCUCCAGAAACACUGCGUCUUUUCCUUCUUUUGCAUACAUCAUUAUAAGACACUUUUUGAAAUUACGAAUCUCGUCCCAAACAUUGUCGUCAACACUUCUGCUGGCUGCCUCGUGCUGCAUUGGCAAGAUACAGCAAUGGCCUUGGACAAGGGGCUGA